AUGGAUCUUCCCCCAACACAGCAGGAAGUGCAAAAGACUAUAGAAAAGCUCGCCUUAGGAAAGGUCCCUGGUUCUGAAAAUAUCACAGCAGAGAUAUGUAGAGAAGGUGGUCAAGUACUACUAUCAAUAUUUGGCUGUCUAGAUGGAUUCAUCACCAUGAUGCCUCAGGUUAAUGAGGAAAUGACCGCCACAGUGACCGAGGACGGUGAGAAUUCCCAAUCAGUUCCCGUCACAAAUGGAGUAAAACAGGGAUGUGUCCUAAUUAACUCCAAUCUUUUUAGCAUGUUAUUCACAGCUAUCCUGGAAUCAAAUUAAGAUACCGAACAGAUGGUAAUUCAACCUGCGUCGCCUCAAAGCCAUUACAAAGAUGAAAGAAACAUGGCGUGCAUGCAUGCAUCCAUAAGGACGCAAAGAAGCAGAAGCUAAAAGCUAUUCGCUCUGCAGAAGCAGAAAUGAAAAGGCGUCUCGGGAAAGAACGUUCAGCAGAUGGCACCAUCACUAAUCUGUGCACAUGUCAGGUCUGUGGGAGAUCGUUUGGGGCAACAAUUGGUCUGAUCAGCCACGUGCGAAACGCACAAUAGGUAGAAACCAAACAGGGCUAGUGGUCAUCAUCGUAAGUGAUGGACGAAUUAUAUAUAUAUAUAUAUAUAUAUAUAUAUAUAUAUAUAUAUAUAUAUAUAUAUAUAUAUAUAUAUAUAUAUAUAUAUAAAUAUAUAUAUAUAUAUAUAUUAAAAACAAUAUAAAAAUUAAAUACUUUCGAGUGUUCCUUAAAUGCAGUAUUGGCAUUCCGAACUGUUCGUAAACAAUGUCAUACUGGCAGAGAUUAAUGAUAUAAUUUUGCUCCACCAAAUUAAAAAUCUUGCUUCGCUAGCUACCUCUAGCUUCACGCGUGGUAGCAUCUGACACCUGCACGUGCCUUCUUAUAUACGCGCGAUCAAAAUUGGUAUUCAUAUAUGUAGGUUGCUAUAGCACCGUGUUACCCAGGUACACAUACUGACAUUUACGAAGGAUAUUUAACGAAAAAUAUUUAGACUAAUUAUCUGGAUACCUAAUCUUCAGAUCUCUGCCUUAGCUUGUUUAAGUAUCCUUUUAGAUGAUUUAAUGUGUUUUUGUUGAGAUAAUUAGUACUUAUAUAAAAUUUGGAAACAUAUAAACUCCCCGUGUAAAUACGUGGCUGUGAAAAAAGGCAACUUAUAGAUGUUUGGGACAGAUGGGGGCAACUUCUCCCACAUAACUAUAGAAAACCAUGGAAAUUCGGGUAAAUGCUAACAAAAAUCAAGAAAAUUUGGACGAUGUAUCAGAAAAUAUGUCAUUUAUAUAAAAAAUAUGUUAUUUACAAUCGUAAAAAUACGGCCGAAGCGCGGUUAGGAAUAUUCAUAAUUAAUUAUAUAAUGCAGAAACGUUCUCUGACCGGUCUACUAAUCUCAUUGGAUAUCCACUUGCAGCUAUAGACCCAUUGCACUUGACGUCACAGCGCCAGUAACGAUGCAUCUGGAGGACAAAUUAGCAAUCUACGCAUAAUAUAACUUUUGUAAAGAAAGCAAAUUUUAUACAAGUUUAUAAUAAUUUUGUGUUAAAAUGGUUAAUUUUUUCGCUGUAUGUGGUUGUUGAACCCGAACCGAUAUUGUUAGGUAGCAUCUGGAGGACACUCAAAGGAUUUGUGACGUCAGUGCAAAGGGUCUAUAGGAUGUUACUUAUAUUCUCUAGUUCUAUAUCAGAUUUCUAUCGUCCGUACUUAGUAAUGCAGGGGCGGAUUCAGCGUUUUGGGUGACCGGUUUACUAGGUCCACACAACCACUAGGGGGGUCCGGGGGCAUGCUCCCCCGGGAAAUUUUUAAAAUUUGGGCCUCUGAAACAGCAUUUCCUGCGUUCUGGCGUCACUUUUUAAAUGAAUUUAAUGAUUAGAAAAUAUAUCUUUUAAGAGAAUUUUGGACUAACACGCAGCUCAAACGAUGAAUUGAACCUUUUCGGAAACCUAUUAGUAGUUUAGCUAGUGCUGAAAAUAUAGGAUUGGCAACUGAAUUGCUGACGCAUCAACAGUUAUUAUAAGUACAAGUAGAGAUGCUUUUAAUAUAAACAUAGUUGUAAUUUUAGAUCUAUACGCUUUCAAACCAACUUAACAAUGAACUAGAAACCAAACUGCAAGAGCGUGAAUAAAGCUUCACAAAUAAUCACAAUCAUUUCCUGAUUCUCUCUCGCCAACGCAAUGAUUCUGUCACGCAAGAUUAUACGUACAUUAUCAUAUUUCGCCCUAUCAUGAGUAUAGACUGUAGUUACACGUAUAAACAUCGAUACGCUUGUUGAUGAAUCGAUAUUUACUAUACAGUAAGUAGAAAUAGCUUACCGUUACUAUAUACUUCUAAACAAACCUUCAAAAUGAACAAGAAAUCCAUGUAAAUGCUUCUAUCGCCAACACAAAGAUUCAGUCACGCAAAAUUAUAAACAUAUUUCGCGCGUCCUCGAGUUCUGUUAACUGUCAUGCCCAGUUUUCUGUCAUGCCCAGUUUUCUCUAAAUACUGCUCGACUCACAGGUUUGUGACCGGUUUACAUCCGCCGGAGCGCAGCCGUUUAGCCAAUCGAAUGGCGUAUCGACCGGUUUACUCUCAUGGAGAAAACUCUGACCACCGGUUUACUGAUAAUUGCGGGCGGUUAUGUGUGAUUCAUGUGAUGUUUACAAGUCCACGACCCACGACGAUAUAUUCGCAGAUUAUUAGUCUAGUAUUACAACAUUUCGUAAGAGGAAACCAUGCAGGGCGAUAAGUCCUUAAUUAUACGCUCGGUAAUCCAUAAUCAAAUUUCAACAACAGUGUUUAUUAAGUGGCGUGAUAGAUUAGACAACAUCAAUUUUAUGAAACAGAAUAUUCUUUAAUUAAAUUAGUUAUAUACAUGGAGGUUUUUUCUCUCUUUGAAAAAUCUGACAGGUUUAUAUAAACCUGUCAAACCUAUCUGAAUCCGCCCCUGUAAUGAUAUGGCUCUGUGUAUUAGCGUCCUAUAGCAGUAUCGUUAUCGUUAUUUGUCUGUGCAUGUGCGUAGGUUUUCUGCAACACAUCAUUGACAUCAAGGUUACGUUUGCCUCAGGGACGUAGCUAAGCAUGCAUAGUUGGUGGGCCAACAAUUUCCGAAUGACGAAAGAAAUUUCCGAACAUUUCAUGGCAUACGAAGCCACGAAGGUGUUUGCUAUCCGGAAAAUGAAAAUGAAAACGCAAUUUACAAACAAAAAUACUCAUAUUUUACGCACAGACAUAUUGGGUCAUUCCAGAAAAGAUCCAUACCCCCUACGGAGGAAAUCGAAAAUAACCCCCUCCCCCCCUUCGGACAUCCUUGAAUGGUUCAUCCUCCCCCCCUCUCCGGACAUCCAAGCCCAAAAUUACCCCCCUCCCCUUCGGACAUCCACUAUUUCUAAAUUUUUCUAAAGGCUGCCUCGCCAUUCGAAAACGUCACCGAAAAUUAGACUACGUUCACACUACGCACGAGCGAACUAAUGCGGGCAGAAUUUAUGUGUGUUCAUACUACCGCCAUUACAGUUUGUUUACAAAUUGAAUUAGCACUCGUGUAAACCCAAAAUAUUUCAAAUAGACCCAAGAAAUUUAACUGAAAAGCAUUCAAGUUUACACGUUUGUGUUCACACGAAGCUAUCAAGCGCUCCGCCGUUUUCACCUCGCUCCGCGUUUAGAAACCGCGUGCUCAAAUUGUUACGGCAAAAGUGACGUGAAAGUUUUCAAACGAUUUUCUCCAUUUUCAAACGAUUUGCUUUGAGUGAAUUAGCGAUGGCUUAUUGUGACCUACUGGUGAAAAGUUCUACUGGGACAGCACAAUAACUGAUUUAAAGGUUUUUGUGUCAUGCGAUUUAAAACUUACGGGAAGAUGGUCAUCACCUGGUGGCGAAGUUAAAACAUUUACUAGUGAUACACUAGUCCUAAAAUGGCAUGGUAAGACCAACAAAUGGAUAACGUUAUCUGGAAGUUCGACUGAGGUAAGUGAACUAUCUCAGACACUUCAAUCAUUGUGCAAGAAAGCCGAAGAAAACCAAGCCGCCAUUGUUGAAAUUCAUCAGACCCUGCCGACUAAUAACGGUAAAGAAAAACCGAGUGUUCAUCUUGCCGCACCUACCGAAAACCAAACCGAAUAUUCUGCACGAUCUAAUAAUGAUGACAAGUCCUAUGAAGAUAAUUUUGCUAGCAUCGAGAAUCAACUUAAAACCCUGGAGUCAAAAUUUUUGGACAAAACGCUAAGUCUUGCUAAUGAUUUAAACAAUCUAAAAAAAUACUGCUUAAACAAUGAAGUUGAAGGUAUGAAUAUAUUAAGACAAGAGAACGCAAGUCUUAAAGUAGAAAACGAAGCCUUAAAGGAUAGCCUUUAUACGGCCAAAUUUGCUUUAUCUGAUUUGAAUACGAAAGUUAAAGAUCUCGAACAUGAAAAAGCUAGCUUAACUACGACAUUGAAGAUCUUAUAUACAGAUUUUCAUCAAGCCCAUGAAGCUCGCUUCAAACAACAAGAUCCGCCCAUUGUAGUUGAUAACAAUAACCAUGCAAAUGAUGAAUCACCGAGUUCAAUAGCUGAGAGAGAUGUUGGUAAUUGCUUAAGUCAUACAGCUGAUGAAAUUAUCCUUAUUCCCGAUGACCAGCCUAAUGCUGAUAACAAAGUCUGCCCAACAAUGCAAAAAAGAUCUAAGUCUGGUAAAGUAAAAGCCAAGCCUAAAUCUCAGAAAGAUAAUGAAAUAAAUCGGGUCGAGCAGCAGUCAUCAAAGCAAAAUUCAAAUGCUCAACGCAGCGAUAAAAGUCAGUCACCCAAGAAAAAAGUCACUGCCGUACUCGGGGACUCAAUUAUUAAAAAUCUUCAAGGCUGGCGACUUUCAGAUGACAAUAAUCACGUUGUAGUCAAAAGUUUUGCAGGAGCCAACUGUACUGAUAUGGAAGACUACUUGAAACCUGUAGUUCGAAAAGAACCCGAGAACAUAAUUCUCCAUGUUGGAACAAACGAUCUAAAUAAAAGUGCCUCGCCAGAUCAAAUAGCACAGGGAAUUAUCAACUUGGGAAUCUAG